AUGUCAAUUUUAUUUCACAAAUUGAAUGCCGAAAAUGAUAUAAACAAAGCGGAAACUAUUAAGACAACAGAUGAUGACGACAAGAGUGGGUCCAAACAUAUGGCAGAGUUGUUGAAAAGUUUGAAGGCUGAGAAGUCAGAUGUUGAAGAAGUAGAUCCCAAAACCAAUCGACAAAAGCGAUUUCUAUUUGGCCCACCAAUGGAUUACACGGUUAUUGAUUAUCACAUGCCUUUCCACCCCUUCUAUCCUCCCGACGAUUAUGUGGUCGAAACAAUUGAUUACUACUGA